AUGCCUGUCACAUGACUGCGGGUGGGCGGGGUUUAGAAGUGUACUGUACUUCGGUGUACCUGGCUGCAGGAGCUCAGUUGCCUGAACUUUGGUCUUUUCUGGAACCGUCUUCUAUUAAAUAUUCCAGUUUGCUGCCCCAGUGUAGAAAAAUGGCAGAUACUGAAAGCUGUCCUCUUUAUUAUCCGGCUCUAAAAGAAAUUGCUGGUGUUCUGGAACAUGGAUUGAAAAAGAAUUAUGCAGAAGUCCAUGUUGAGGUUGUAGAUUGCCCUGAUCUUACACAGUAUCCAUUUGGAUUUCCAGUAAAAGGUCUAUGUGGGAAGACAAGAAUUGCAGACGUCGGAGGCGUUCCAUACUUGGUGCCCAUUGCACAGCCUGAUAAAGUUUAUAGCAUCAACACUGUAGCAAAGGAGAUUGAGCUACCUGGAGCCUACAUGCUAGGUGCUGGGGCAUCUUCAUAUAAAUGUGUUGGGGUGAAUGCUGAGAUGAUAUUUUCUAUAAAAGCAGAAAGCCCAACUUCACCUGCUGUGAAUGGAAAUUAUCUGGCCAGCAUCAACCCUGCAGACAACAGCUGUCUUUUGGAGAAAUACAGGGAAAAGUACAGUGACCAUGACUUUGGGCUUCUGUCAAACCUGUUUGCCACUGAGGGGAACCCAGGAAAGGUCAUUGAAGUCAAAGUAAAAAGAAGGACCGGUAACGAUAACUUUGUGAGCUGCAUGAGAAAAUCUUUAAAGGAGCAUUAUGGAGACAAAUCUGUUGGAAUGGGAGGCUCUUUUAUUAUACAAGAGGGGAGAGCCAAUCUCCAUAUAAUGCCUCGUGAAUAUUCUGCCUGUCCCUUAAACACAGACGAAGAUGUAGAUAGCUGGCUAAAUUUUUUCGACAUGAAGGCACCUCUUAUUUGCCAGUCAGUGUUUGUUUCUCAUGACCCUGGCUUUGACCUGCGUGUUGAGCAUACCCAUUGCUUCAGUCAUCAUGGUGAAGGAGGACACUACCAUAAUGACACAACACCAGAUUCCGUUGAAUACCUUGGAUAUUUCCAUCCAGCAGAGCACCUCUACCGCAUUGACAGACCAGCUGUUUCACACAUGGUUGGACGGGAUUAGGAUGAUGUCAAGUUGAUAAGGAAAAUCACAGACAAAUUCAGCUAAUCUUUUUUUUUUUUUACUGUAUAAAAUAUAGGCAGACUCUAUAAAAAUCAUUUUAUUAGAUUUUCUAUGUCUUUUAGAAGCUAUGCAAAAUGGGAAAUGAGUAUUACUAAUGCUUAAAAUGAUUAUUUCCUAAGAGUUAUUGGAUUAUUAAAGGAGUUUUCUGAGUGUGUAAUAGCGAUGACCUCUCCUCAGGAUAGGUCAACAAUAUCUGACUGAAAGGGGGUCCAACUUCUUGCCGAUCAGUUGUUUUAGGAGGCCGCAGCCUCCUCACAGCUCACCAAGCACAGCACCUUCCACUGGAUAGCGGCUGUGCUUCGUAUGAUUUGUUUUUGAAUAGGCCGUUAAUAUAAAAAUCCUGAAAAACCUUUUGAAUAGCACUAUAAUGUACUGCUAGCUCUAUUCAGAAAUCUGCAGACAGGCUACAGAAGCCAAGGGGACCCUGCUCUUAUUAGAAGGUCAUGGGCUCUAUUAAAGGGAAUCUGUCACCCGCUUUUGGAUUAUCUACAGUCAUACAUGAGUAAUACUGCAGAACAGGAGUCCAUAUCACUAUUUCUUUUAUUUUCCUACUAGCCCUGUUCUCUCUCUCGCUGUCAGUGCUCAAAGCUGCACUGAAAUACCCAAUCUGGACUGCUGUAACAUAAUGGAGAGGAACUGGAACUGGAGGAACAGGGGGGCAGUAGCUAAAUAAAAAAAAUAGUGAUAUGGACUCCUUAUCUGCUCUACUAUUCAUGUAUUACUGUAGAUAAUAGUCCAAAAUGGGGAUGGCAGAUUUAAUACCAUCUUUUGAUGAAUGAUGAUGUUUAAAUGUGCACACAGCCCUUAAUAAUGCCAUUUUUAAAAUGAUCAGCAGUAUUCAGAAAUAAAUGAUUGUAUGCAAUAUAUGCUUUAUUGUAAAAUAACAAAUAAUGAAAAUAAAUGAUUGACUUUGA